CAAGAGCAAUAGCGCGUGGGUUGAGAAUAAUUAUUUUCCAAUUUAGUUACAAAAUUCUCAAAAAGCUUUCCUCAACAGAAGAAGAGUAAAGAGGAACAUCUUACCCUGAAGCUUGACCUUCGGAGCUGCCGUCCCUUUUCCGCCACCUUUUCCCUUCCCAACCACCGCUCCACCCACCCUGACCAACCUCCCCACCCCUCAAUCUUUCAUUUUCUAGGGCACAGAUUCCCUCUUCAAUGGAAAAUUCUCCUCCUUCGCCGCUCCCUCAUCCCUCACACGACGGCUCCCACCGUCCCGACGCCGAAAUGGACCUCCAACUAUCCAUCGCUGACGACUCCGCCACCGCUCUCUGGGACUUGGGGGAUCUCCUCGACUUUGCUGCGGAUGAUCAGUUUUCCUUCUCUUUGGAACAGGACAAUCUGCCCUCGGCCUCCUCUCAUUACCUCGAGAUUCAAUCCCAGACUGCCCCUUCGAAUUCGGAACGAAUUCGUAAGCGCGACCCGAGGUUGACCUGCUCGAAUUUCUUGGCUGGGCGGGUUCCUUGUGCUUGCCCUGAGAUUGACGCGAUGCUUGAGGAAGAAGCCGCUGCUGCACCUGGCAAGAAGCGGGCUAGGACGGCGCGUGUUGCUGCUGGUACUGUUAGGUGUCAAGUACCGGGGUGUGAGGUCGAUAUUAGCGAGCUUAAAGGUUACCAUAGAAGGCAUAGGGUUUGUCUUCGUUGCGCUAAUGCUACUGCCGUUGUGAUCGAUGAAGAGACUAAAAGAUAUUGUCAGCAGUGUGGCAAGUUUCAUGUUUUAUCUGAUUUUGAUGAAGGCAAACGGAGUUGUCGAAGAAAAUUAGAGCGGCACAACAAUCGACGACGUAGGAAACCAGUUGAUUCCACAGCUUCUAUGGAAAGUGAUCGAUCAAGCAUGCAUCUAGAAGAUGUUUCUUGCGAAGGUGAUGUAGGGAAAGAUAAUAUUCUUUUCAACAUCCAAACUGAUGAAAAGGAGGUAGUGCAUUUGGAGUCUGAAGAUGGACUGGUAACCUCCACUGUAUGUUCAGCUCCUGACCUGCAAAAUAAUGUGAAUAGCGGGUUAACUUUAGUGGCAAUGGGUGAAGCUCAAGUGGAUGGAGGAAAAGAUAAUUCUAAAUCUCUUGCUUCAUCCUAUUGUGACAACAAAAGCACAUAUUCAUCAAUGUGUCCAACAGGGCGAAUAUCAUUCAAACUUUAUGACUGGAAUCCUGCAGAGUUCCCUAGAAGACUUCGGCUCCAAAUAUUUGAAUGGUUGGCUAAUAUGCCCGUUGAGUUGGAGGGAUAUAUUCGGCCUGGUUGCAUAAUUUUGACUGCAUUUGUUGCAAUGCCGAAGUUUAUGUGGAUAAAGUUACUUGAAGAUCCCACGACACACGUGCACAAUUUUGUAGUUGCACGUGGAAGACCUCUUUGGGGGAGGGGCAGCAUGCUUGUUUAUUUGAACAACAUGAUUUUUCGUGCAGUGGAAGGGGAAAGUGUAUUGAAAAUUGAGAUGGAUAUACAGGCUCCAAGACUUCACUAUAUACAUCCUACAUGCUUUGAGGCUGGAAAACCCAUGGAGUUUGUUGCUUGUGGAAGUCAUUUGCGACAACCAAAAUUUAGGUCUCUUGUAUCUUUUGCUGGAAAGUAUCUUGCCCACGAUCAUUCUUUUGUUCUUCCUCAUUGUCAAAACGAAGGUGAUGCUAAGUGGAGCGACCACCAGUUGUUCAAAAUAUGUAUACCCCACACAGAAUACAAUCUUUUUGGCCCUGCAUUUGUUGAGGUGGAGAAUCAGUCAGGCUUGUCAAAUUUUAUUCCUAUACUCAUUGGAGAUAGCGAAACUUGUUCUGAAAUGAAAGCCAUUCAGGAGCGGCUUGAUAUGUCUCUGCUUCUGGAAGCUACUGGUUCUUCACACGAUACUUGUGAACAUUCUUCACUGAGACAAAAAGUAUAUUCAGAACUCAUGAUGGACAUAUCUUGGUUGCUUAAAAAGCCUUCGUCAGAGCCCGUGCAGCAAAUUAUGAAUUCGUCACAGAUUCAAAGAUUCACACGUUUGUUGAAAUUUUUGAUAUGCAAUGACUCAACUGUCAUUUUAGGGAGAGUCUUAGAACAUCUUAAGAUUGUCAUGGACAAUGUAGAAUCAAAUGUGGCAGUGAAUGGCUUCAGUUGUCCCGAUUUAAGGUGUUUUGAGAAAUAUUUGGAUUAUGCAAGAGAUGUUCUUCAACUGAAUCUUCGUAAAACUGGGAAUUCGGUGCUACAGUUAGGAUUUCUUAAGCCUAAAGGGGGCCGUGUUUCUCAAAGCUGCUCCAAGAACAAAUUGGUUUCAGUCGUUCCCAGGACUGGACUGGAAAUGGAGUCGAGAGAAAGUGGACAUUUUCAAGCAGUGGCAGGUUCAACUUCCAUUGGUAGUGUGGAAACAAUACCCCUUGUAAACGAAAAGCUCGGCGAGAAAAUGACGGUUCAAGGACAUUCAAGAAAGUCAUGUGGUCUUCUAUUCUCAGGGGCUCUUUUUAGACGUCAGACAACAUUAUUUGCAGUUACCUUCGUUGCUGUUUGUUUCGGAAUAUGUGCAGCUUUAGUUCAUUCUCACAAGGUCGGCGAGUUUGCUAUUACAAUCCGCAGAUGCUUGAUCGUUAAGUUGUAGGCACAAGAAGUAUCUAAACUUGAAAAAGCAGUUCAACUCUUCUGAUCCAUUUAUUUGUUCCACUGAAAAUUAAUUCAAGAACAAUUUGUGGCGCCUCUAGUCACCAGCAAAUGUGAAAUGGAUGCCAUGACAAAAUCUUGGUCUCAUAGCCAAGCCAAGAGGUUAUCAUAGUUUUGUUGUGUUUAGAGCGAGAGCCUGUUUGAUGCUGCUGAUGAUUUAUCGUUCUACGUCUGUCUGGUUGGCCGAUUGGAAUUUCCUGGUAGCAAAAUGGAGUUCGAAGUCGGUUUUUGGUCGCUCUGGAUGCAGGAUUCCUAACUUUUGUACAUUUGUAUCUCACCUGAAGUAAGUUAAAGCAGAUGCUGGACCAAUGUGUUGUAAUAAUUUCCAGGUUUCAUGGCUAACAAUGAAUUCCUUAUUCAUCAAAAGUCAGACUACUACGCUUUCAAUUCUUUCGAAAUCGAUAUUUCUACCUGUAUUAUCAAACUCCAUUUUUUUUAACAAAUGGUUGAAAAUUAUCGUUGAGCUA